GUUUCUUUCGGAAUUUUUAUCAACGCCACGUACCUGGAUAAAACCACCAAAUCGUUAGAAAAAGAAGUAUUCAAGCUGAGAUAAUUCUUUGCAGUCAUGUCUGCCCAGCCUACCAUCCGACUCGCGACUCCCGAAGAUAUCCCUUUAAUCCUCCAAUUCAUUCGGGAACUCGCCGACUACGAAAAAGCCCUCCAUGAAGUCGAAGCAACCAACGAAUCCCUCCUCGCAACCCUCUCCUUCCCCGAUACCCCGCCAAAGCGAGGUGCCGUAUACACCGCGUUGAUCACCCCUCCCGCAAGCCCUGCCAACCCAACCCCGAUCCCCGUUGGAAUGGCACUGUUCUUUUAUAAUUACUCGACAUGGCGGGCGGCUCCAGGAAUCUACCUUGAAGAUCUCUACGUGCAGCCCAGCGCCCGCGGAAACGGCUAUGGGUUUAAACUGCUCAAGUAUCUCGCUGCCAAGGUGCUGGAGGUUAAGGGACGACGAUUGGAGUGGAGUGUGCUCAAGUGGAACGAGCCCAGUAUCAAGUUCUAUGAGCAAGUAGGAGCCAAGGGGAUGGAAGAGUGGAUGAAGAUGAUGGUCGAAGGACCUGCAUUGAAUAAAUUGGCUGAGGCACUGUGAAGGACAAAGAAUACCAACCUAUACCGACCUAUUAAGUCGACCAGAAAAGCUAGAGUCUACAUUCCAUGCCUAUGUUGGAUAUCCAUUGUAAUUGACUUAAUAUCUUGCGAUCCAAGGUGACAGCGUACUUUAUUUAGACCUAAUGUAUAGGUACCUAGUCAAGUCCAGUAUCAUCCCGACGCAAUCCGUACAUUAGCUGGUUAUGUAACAUGCAUAUGCUAAUGCUGUCUCCACAA